CACCUGUUCGUCCAAGGAGGUGGGCCAGCAUAGGUGGGCGGUCCCGAAAACUCGGCCAAAAUGCUUUCAUUCGUGUCUAAAAUUAAACGUCUACAUAAUAUCCCAAGCUAUGCUUGCUUUCCCAUACCUUUUUCUAUUGAUUGCCAACAGAUUUUCCAAUUCAGAGCACCUGAUAAAGUUGGUUGAGGGGGGCUUUGAUUGGCAUCACUUGAAACUCGACGUGUUUGCAUCAAACAUUUUUCGACAGUCAUGAAUUCAUCGCGUGCCUGACAUUUCUAAGGACCCCUCAAGGACAUGGCCGGUCCGGUACAGUGGUAAUUAGCCAGGACAUUUAUAUUCCAGGUGACGAGGUCCCACGGCAUCUUCUACCUGUGUUUUUUUCCCUGGCAGGUAAGGUAGGGAAAAAUUCUUUGUGCUAAGGAUUAGGAAAAAGGGACCUCUGGGAUUCCAUAGAAUUUACAGAUUUAUUGCACAAUGAGGCCUCAAAAUGGCCGAUCUAAGCGAGGCUAUAUAAGAACCGAUCGCAUCCUAGCCAGGAUCAGUUUUCAUUUCAAGAUCAAGCCAAAAAGAUGCUCCUGAAAAAGUGCAGAACCCACUUGCUGUUGGUCCUGGUGCUCACGAUACGGGAAUCGCUCUGCGUUCCAGCCCUGGAUGCAGCUCCUGCGGCGACCACGCCCAACAAUGUUGAUGAGGCGGAUAAUCUGGUCGAGGGCAGUGGCGAGACUGUUACUGCCCCCCAGGUUGCAGCCCCCACAAUAAGCAAUGAAACUAUCCCCGCAUCUACAGAAAACUCGGAGGCAGCCGUGCCUGACAAUGUGGCCAGCGAAAGCAGCAUUGAUCCCAGCACCGUUUACUCGAUCACUCCCGAGGCCUUCCAGCAAUAUGUAAACCAGUACGGAGCCGCCUUUGCUCCCUACUCAUAUCCGACUCCCGUUGGAGGAUCAGCACCUGGCAUUUAUCCGUAUCCUGGUCCCAUUGUGGUGCAGACGGGCUACGAGGGCUUCCUGAUGCCCACCAAUGCCGUUGGGCAAUCGGACAGCACCACUGUGGCGGCACCUGCUCCUCAGCCGACCUCUUCGAAUCCCCUGAUGGCCCUCGUCUCUCAUCUGGUGCCCACGGUCCUGAUGUCUACGCUCCUCCGCAUCGCCGCCGUGAUUCUGUCCGCCGUGGGGAUCAUCCUCUUCGGCGGCGCCAUCACAAGUGCCCUGUGCAGGGUCACCCCGAUCUGCGAAAUACCCGCCCGGGCUGUCAAUAUCCUGCGCACAGGUGGAGCCCAGGAUGUGGGUCGCAUGCUGGCCGAGGAGAUGACCCCGGAGCGGGUGCGUCGGGCAACGGAAUUCGUGCGCACCGCCAUCCGGAAGUACCAACAGCUGCAGAAGCUGGCGGAGGCCUCGGGGGCGAUGACCGAGUUGACCAAUGGAUAUUAGGUUUAGUGCUGGCUCGUAAAUUAGGUGGAAUGCAAAAUAUACUUUUAAUGACGCUAUAAAAACGA